AGCUCGUCAACCACCUUGUUAGCUUGCAAGCCAACAUAGCUGAAAGAUUCAAGCUAAUUAUACGCUUUCGGUGUAUAUUAGAUACUGUGUUUUAGACACACUUCUGUCGUAUCUAUUUGUUAACCUAUUUAAUUUCAUAUUACGUUAUUUUUUAUUAGUCAGCUAUAGUAGCUGGCUGGUUAAGUUAGCACUAGCCGUUAAUGCUAGCUAGCUAACAUCCCCGACCAUGAGCUCCCUACACUACUACCGUCCUGUUAAAGAAGAGGAGGUCUGCUGGACGGAGAAAGAAGCUCUGGGGCUGAACAUUGUUGUGAAAGAGGAGAAGGAAGAGGAGGAUGUCACAGUUAAAAAAGAAGUUGAGGCUGUUACAGUGAAAGAAGAAGAGAAAGACGUUACUGUGAAAGAAGAGAAAGACACGUUCAGAGUGAAAGAGGAGGAGGAUGUUACAGUAAAAGAAGAGGAGGAAGAGAAAGCGGAGGAUGCCGUUUUUGGAGUGAAGAUGGAAGGGGAGAUUACUGUCACACUAAGAGAUGAAGAGGAGGAGAUAGGAGAUCUGAUUAACACCAAUACCUUGUAACUGGAGAUUCCUUCUAAACGAUUGCCUACAGUUAACGUGUAGGGCGCUGCACAGUUGGGUGACCAGGGUCAUCUGGGACUGCCUCCUGGAGCAAUUCAGGUGUGUGAAGGCUACCUGUGUCCUGCGUAACUUCAUGAGGAUGGACACGAGGACCAGGAGGGGAUCUGCAGCUCGCCGCCGUGUGCCAGAGGAGAAGUCUGCUGCUCUGCAUAAUGUUUCAAGGAUGGGGUCCAACAACACAGAGAGAGAGGCAAUCGUGUGCUGGAGAUCUUCACCUCCUACUUCUUCAAAGAGGGUGCUGUUCCCUGGCAACACCAUAGACUAGACUGUGCACAACCAAAAGCUCUUUUAAGAGCCAUUCACAUUGCAGUAAAAAUAUUGCUCCAUUUACUUAGCUAUGUCAACUGCAGUUAUUCAAUUCACAGUAUUUCUCCCUUUGAUUUCUACUUCUCAUGUGAGGGUGCUGUUUAGGUAAGGGUGUGAUGUCUGUGCAAAAACAAAACAGGCUAUUUUAAAUCACUAAUAUUGAAAAAAUUUAGAACAAUUAGACACCCUAUAACCCACACCUACACACUCAUGUAUCAAUCUGAUUGAUGGAUUGUGUUGUGCAGUAAGCAGGUUCAGAUGUAUAACUGUGGCUCCUUCCACCUUCAAAGAAUAGGCAAGAGGGCCAACCGUGAAGAAUACUAAGACACUUCAUUAUUUCUAUAACUAAGCUAUAUUGUUUGUCCUCGUGUGUCUGUUCAUGUUUUUCAGUAUAAAAGUACUCUGCAGCCACUUAGUGUGGUGUGGACACCAGGUGAGGCCACACACAGAUUCCUGUUGAACACUGUCGCUUUAACUACCUUAUUUUCUCAAUAACAGUCUCUCUCCUUCACUUCAUCCCUCUCUCCCCUUCUCCCUAAAUCCUCUAAGUUAUAUCAGCUGUGUUGGUGAACCCCUCCUCUUUCUGAACUGGCUACAUAGAGGGCACAGCAUGAUGAGAGGUCACUUGGUCAGGACAACAGGAAGUAUUAUUAAAGAUAUGCUUUACAUUGAAAUACAGAUUGAGAUGCAGUAGUCCCAGAGUUAAUGAUCCAAGGUCAGUUUAUAUUAUACAGGAAGUAUUAUUAAAUAGAUGCUUUACAUUGAAAUACAGAUUGAGAUGCAGUAGUCCCAGAGUUAAUAAUGAUCCAAGGUCAGUUUUGCAUUUCACCUCCUGAUUGAUGACUAACAAUGUUAGAGCAUGUUUAAGUCUUGUGUUUUUUAAAAUUCUAUCUCUCCAUAUGUCUCUAGUCUGCAGAUAUGUUUUGAUGUGAGAGA